AUGUUGGAAUAAUCGAUUAAGGAAUUCAAUAAAAAAUACAAUAUUGUUACAGAACCAUUUGAACUCAAAUUCGAUGAGAGAUACCUACAAUAUAAGUAUAAUACGUUGUUGCCUGAAUUCUAAGAUAGCAUAUUACAUGAUGUAAAUACACUUAAUUAUAUAUCCGAAGAUGAAAGCUGCCAUUCUCACAGCUUAGAAGGGCUACAUCUCCAGGAAGGUGUUGAAGUAUCAUUUAAUGAAUCCAAGUCCUGAUAUUUUUACAUUGUAUAAAGUAGAUGAUAAUUAAAUUUAGGAAUCCCUACGACCGAGACUUCAGAAUAACUUUUAUUUCUCAGGAAUUGGAAGUGGAAUUAGAAUUGAUAAUAUUAGUUGGCCAUUCCAAGAGGGUAUUGGGUUUUGCAUUUGGUUUAAUGUUGAGAAUGUCAAUUAUGAUUAAUUUAAUGAGAAUAAUUUUGGAGUUCAAAAAAUUCUGAGCAUCCAUGCUUAGGGUAAAACAAAUGGAGGCGGAGUUGAAUGCUUUAUAAUGAGAGGAUCAAUUUACUACAGAAUAAUAGGGAAUGAGUAUUAAGAACCUUAGAUGGGUUAAGGAACACUAUUCAUUGGCUAAUUAAAGGAUGGAUUAAAUUUUCUAGGAAUAUCUCAUGAACCAUAGAAGACAUUCUCAUCUUCUCAUCUGUCAGUAAUUUGAUUCAAAUGAAAAUUAGAUCCUUUUUAAUAAUAAUGAAUAGUAGAGUUCAAAAUUAUUCGAGUUCCCUCGUUUGAAUUAGAAUGCACGAAUUACUAGAUUCACCAUUUGCCAGAAUUUUUUUGGAACAUCAUCUUGCAUAAUCGUAAUGAAUCAAUCUUCCACUAAGUUUGUAUAAUUUAUUAUAUAGAAUCAAAACAAUUUAAUCUGUGUAUGGGUAACAAUAGAUGGAUUAUAAUAAAUUGAAGACGCUGUAGGCUUGUUUGGAUAGAUACUUUGAUCGCAUAAUGUCAAUCUACAUACCUGAGUUUGCAAGUGGCACUCGUAUCAUUGAUAUAAUGGGCAAUCAUGAAGCAAUUUUACAGAAUCGUUCAGGUUUUGUGGUGGCUGAGAAGAAUAAAUUCAAUUAAUUUGGAGGCUUCAAAUUGUUCUAUGCUCUCCUUCAUUUAGCUGCCAAUUAUCCUGAACAUAUUGCAACCAUGUUUGAAAUUGUCAACAUCAUCUUGAAAAACAAUUAUCAACUUUAAUCGGAAGCAUAUCACUCUAAAUUCAUACCUACUAUAGCUUCCAUCAUUAUGAGUUUUUAGAGACCUUUGAUUAAUCAUAAAUGUGUGGAAUUGCUGAAUGAAACUAAAUCAUUGAUUACUGACAAUCGAUUGAUGGAGCACUUCUUUAUUUACAUUCUAUGGAAUUCUAAGUUGCAAUAAUUAUGUACCUCAGAGAAAGUAUUUAUUAAUUAUCUACAAUUAUCCUGCAUUACUUAUAUGCAGAAUCAAUUCAUUAGCAUCAUCUCUCCUAGAGAUCUAUUAGACAUCCUAAUCUAUUCUUAUGCUGAUGAUUAAUGUUGCAAUCGGCAUUAUCAAAAUUCUAAACCCUCCUUUCAAUUAUAAUUCUUUGAAAAAAUACUGUAUUUACUUACUUAGCAAUCUGAUAUCACUGAGAAUUUAAUCCUCUUUGAAUCAUAUUUCCUAUACAAAAUGUCUCCAUGUCUACUAUUGGAAUUAUUGACAAAACUCAAGGUAUAUCCAUUCUAAUUUAAUAGAGUUUGCUAGUUGACAACAUUGAUGAGGGUAUCAAAACUGUUCACAUUUUGCAAGUAUGGAAUCAGAACAAUAUCGUUUAUCAAUUGUUGUUUCUAUUCAAAACUACUCCAUAAAAUGAUGUUAGGGCUAUCAUCAUCUACUUCUUGAAUUUGAUCUCAUAACAACAAUUCAAUCCCUAUUAAUCCUCAUAAACUGAAGAAGCCAUAGAGUUCAUCAAUUAUUCUAUAAGCUUAAAUAAGAAUGAUCAAAUUGAAUCAAAGACUACAUUGGCUCCGAUUUACAAUCAACUCAUGGGUUGGAUGAUCCAUAAAUUAAAAAUAGGUGCCUAUGAGUCUGUAAUGAUAGAGGAAGGCGAUCAAAUUUAUUAAUCAAGCAUCAUCAAUAUCAUAAUGAAAAUAUUGAAGUAAUCUUAGGAUGAUAACCUCAAAGCACAAAUCUUAUAGGAUUUAUUAUGUCUAUGCAAAUCCCACUAAAACAAUUGCAAGAUCAUGUUGGACGAGGAAUAAUUUCAAUCAUUCCUUCUAAGAACCAUAUCAAUUUAAGCAGAGAAUAAUUUAGUAAAUCAGUGUUUACUAUUAGUAGAUCUACGAAAUUGGAAAUCGCUUGCAUUCCACCUUACUCUUGAAUGUGUUGAAACAAGAGAUUAAUGGAGCAGAGUACUUUUAUGAUCUACUAAAAUUCGAAGGUCAAAAUGAUAAGUAAAUCCAAGCGCUUUUUGAAUUGCUCUAGUAUAUGCAUGCUUUCAUUAUUUUAGUGAUUAAUGUAAAAACUAUUCGCCCUCUUAUGAUUCAUAAACAUGGAAGAACAUUAUGAACAUUCUUAUGUAUUUGUUUGAAUUGAAAGAACGAUAUGGAAAUUACCUGUAGAAAUUCAACACCCUAAUUAAUUUUCUAUAUAAAGAAUAUGUAUUUCAAGGCCAAAUUGAUGGUAUUAAUUUGUGAAUUACUUAGAACAACUUGCUCAAAUCUCCAAUUUCUACAAUGGUCCAGUCAGAGAGUUGUCGUAUAGAAUGUUUUAAUUUCUAAACACCAAUUUGAACCAAGUCUAAGUAUUUGAAAUUCUGUUGAGUGUCAGUGAUGAGAACAACCUUCUUCAAUUGUUAUUGGUACAUUCUCUAUGUCAAGAGAUUUGUAAAUCCGAAAUAUACUAUCCCCUAUAAUUGAUCCUAAGUGUAACACUUAAGAAAGUGCCAAGAUAAAGGAUUCGAGAAGUCAUCACUUAAAUGUGUUUGAUGAUAAGCAUAACUUAGCAAAAGAACAACAAUUCCAUAUUGUAUAGAUUCUUCCUUGAGUUAUAUGAAGAUUUUGAGUAGUUAUUUGAUGCUCUUGUUACUACUAAUUUCAACAAUGAAAAACUCUUUGAAGAAUUAAUCAAUAAAUUGAAAUUGGAUCAAGAGAAUGUGGAUAUCAAGACAGUCCACCCUUAACGUUGGUCUAAGGAAUCGGGUGUUUCCUUAAACACUCUACUCUAUGAAGUCUAAUCUUUUGGUGAGGCCCGUCUUAUCUAAAUAGAAGAAAGGAAAGCCUAGUGGUUGUAUCUUGAAAGCAACAAAGAACGAAUCGGAAGAAAUCAAUACUAUAAAAGCAUUAAACAGAUCUUUUUGGAGGGAGAGUGGCUUACAAAUAAGAAAGGAUUCUAUUAAAGGGAUUCCAUAAUAGAAGACUUCGAUAUAGAAUUCUAAAUGGAUGAUAUCUAGUCAGUCAAGAUUUCUAGAAUGCUUACCAAAUCCUUGGUUCGACCCUACUUAAAAACAGUAGUGAGAAUCCCAGAAGAAUUCAGAAACAAUCCUGUCAUCCACACUCCUCUAGAAGCUCCCUUGUUGUUGUACUCUCAAUCUAAACAGAAAUCUUUUGGGAAUUUACAAGCCAUUCAAGCUGCCACAUAAAUUUAUAAUAUGGGUAAAGCCAUUGGCAGCAAUAUUAAGAAUGUUGUCAUGACCAUUGCUUCUCAAUAACCAUAUGCUUAGUAAUUGAAUGUGAAAUCAUUUGCAGACAAUACGUUUAAAGGUAAGAGAAUCUUAGUCAUCGAUGGUUUAUACAAUUAUCAUGCCUUUUUCACUUUGAGUAACUCUCAACUCUUGGUGCAAUAUGAAAAAUUAGUCGAAAAAGUUAGUCAUGUUACCCUUUGUGAUUUCAAAUUAAGAGAUGAUCAAUUACUUCUCAAGAAGUACCCAAUCUACAAUCUUGUGUAAAUUAUUAAGAAGAAAUAUUUGCAGAAAAGAAAUGCACUUGAAAUCUUCUUUAUUGAUGGGUAUCUACAUAAGUUAAUAUAAUAAGUAAAUCUAUAUUUUUCAGUGUUCCUGAUCCCAACGAUUUGGAAGAAAUUUCAAUUAAGAUUUUGAGUUUCAGGAAGAGUUCCAAUGCCCCUUUUUUCAAUCAGAGCAAGACCACAGAUCCAAUUAAGUUGAUUGAUAAACAAGGGUACUACCAAAAAUGGGUUAAGUAUACUUAUGAAAUCUACAUUAGGUCUUAAAUGAGUAAUUUCAAGUACUUGCUAAUUAUUAACAAUUUGUCCUCAAGGAGUUAUAAUGAUUUAACUUAGUACCCAAUAUUCCCAUGGAUAUUAUAGGAGAAUGAUCAAAGCGGGUAAAAUCAAAUAGACCCAAUGAAAUUAUACCCUGAAGGAAGGUUUAGACCAUUACAUAAGACCAUGGGAGCCUUGGGGAAUGAAUCUAGAAUCCAAAGUUAUAUAGAUAGGUUCGAGCAAGCUGAAUAGGGGAGUGAAAUCCCUCCAUUUCAUUAUGGUUCGCAUUACUCAUCUCCUGCCAUCACUUCUUAAUAUCUGAUCAGAUUGGAACCAUUCACAAGUGCAUCCAAAGCUAUACAAGGAGACAAGUUUGAUAUGGCUGAUAGAUUAUUUUUCUCUUUCAAUGAGAGUUAUCGUUGCGCUAUUGAAGAUAUUGCUGAUGUCAGAGAACUCAUUCCAGAAUUCUUCUGUCUACCAGAAAUGUUCCUUAAUAUUGCUAAUCUUAAUUUUGGGAAAACUUAGAAUGGCAAACAGGUGAAUAAUGUCCUACUUCCAAAAUGGUGUGAGGGCAAUCCUUGGUUGUUUGUGAGUGGUUAUAGGAAUGCCUUGGAAAGUGAGGAAGUUUCUAAACAUCUCCCAGAUUGGAUAGAUCUUAUCUAUGGAUACAAGUAAAGAGGCAGAGAAGCCUAGAAAUCCUUGAAUGUCUUCUUCUAUCUCACUUACGACAGUCCUCUUACGAUGUAGAAGAUGGAAGAGAAUAAAUUGGGAAUCGAGUCUUAAAUUGUCAAUUUCGGCAUAACGCCCACUCAAUUAUUUACUAGAUAACACACUGAGAAGUUUACAUAUAAUGAUUUACAAUUUGUUUCGACGUCAUCCACAUUAACAAUCUUUAGACCCUCACAUAAAAAGAAUAUUCCCAACUAGUUAAAACCCAUAGUUGAUUUCCAAUCUCUAAACAGUUAAGCAAUAGUAAUGGUCAGAUUCAUAUCCAAUAAUCGAUUGUUGUGUUUGAGAAAGGAUGGAAAAAUUAAUUAUUUCAAAUUUGCUCCUAGUGAUCCCCAAUAAAGUCAAACCCCAUUUACAUUUGCAGCCGAGAAGGAAAGACAAAUGAAUUUUGCUAAGCCUCAGGGAGAAACCUUUAUGUUGUUGGAUCCAAUCGUUUAUCUAUCAUCUCAUCCCAUCCUGAUAUUGAAUCAAGGGAAACUCUUCCUUUGUGGUGGUUACCUUCUUGGUAGAUUAAUUGCCAUUGGAGAAAAUAAUCAGAUCAGUGAUGUUUAUUAAUUCCAUACAAGUACAAUUACCAAAUUGAUCACUGACAAGAAGGAAUCCAUGGUCAUAUCAGGUGACAAAACGGGUCAUGUGAUACUUUGGAAAAUAGACAAAUCUACUUACAAACUGUAGGUCUAAAGAAUGUACUUCCAACACCAAAACCCAGUAUUAUUUUGUUAUUUACUUAUUUUAAUAGAUCAAUUGCAUUUAUGUUUCAAACAAUAUGAAGCUGUUUGCCACUGGUUGUGCAGGAGGAUCCAUCAAUGUGUAUAAUCUCUAUACUGGAUCCCUUUUGAGAUCUUUUACCCAUCCCAACAAACUCACCAUCAACUCCAUCCUUUUGAGUAGUCGUCCCCUCUUCUGCAUAGUUUUCUUCUCAGCCCAAGAUCAUAAGAUAUACAGCUAUUCAAUAAAUGGAUUCUUUUUAGAAGUUCAAACAGAAACCUGUUUCUCCAUAAUUGAUUGUCAAAUCAUAAGGAACAAUCUUUUUCAAGAUAUAAUGGUAUUGUAUUCAUAUUAGAACGAAGAUUUAUGGAACAGAGAAUGGGGAGAUCAUGAGGAGAGAAUUACCGUAUUUGCAACCAUGUUAGGCCAAGAUCAAAUUAGAGACUGUCCCAUUGUCUAUUGUUCCAUCAAAGGAUAAGAGAUUUCUGUUUUGUGGAUGCAGUGAUGGCGAUUUGACGAUAUUGGCGGAAAACAGAUGA